AUAACCAAACAUUUUUUUUUUUCAAAAAUGAUAUUUAAAGGAAUUAAUCUUUUUAAAUGCAGUAAUUUGAGGUUUUAUUCUUCGAACGAUAAUGCAGUAACGCAGUUUUUGUCUGAUAUUUUUGGACUCUCCUUUCACGAAGCCAAGCGAUUUGUAGAAAAGUUUAAUCUCACAGGUAAAAACCCUGAAACUUUGAGGGAAUCCAUAAGUUUUUGCAAACGUUUUGGAUUUUCUGAUGAUGACAUAUUAAGCAACCCAUCAUUGCUUACUGUGCAACCUUUAGAAGUUCAUAAUCAUUACAUGGCACUUGAAGAGACAGGGUUAACCAAAAUUUUUCCACGUAUUUUAGCUAAAGCCCGUACCUAUAUGAAGAAGGAGAUAAGAUUUUUUAAAAACGCUGAUUUAUUGAAGGUUGAUGCCAAUGUUGCCAAAAAUUUUGCUCAAUAUUUGGACAUACCUCCGAGGGAAGAAUUAAUAAAUGUUGUAAAUGACAACAAAUUGUGGAGUGAAGUACAUAAUCUGAUUUUACGUGACUAUCUGAAAGCAAAAUUGGGUGCAAGUGAAGAAGAUCUAAUUAAGCUUUUUCGUAUUCAUCGAGUUAUAAGAAAUAAAAGCUUCCGAAUGAUUAGGGAAAAUAUUAAAAUUGCUGAAGGGUUGGGAUUCUCGCCUGAAAAGAUAUUAAAGUGUGGAUAUUUAUUGCACAAUUACCCUGAAUAUCCCAAGAAGGUUUUGGGUGAUUUAAAUAACAUUGCCGGAAUUGAUAUGAAAGUUGCUAUGAGAAGUUAUCCUAAACUAGUUAUGGUUUCUCCAAAAAAUAUCAUUAAAGUAUAUGGAAUACUUAAGGAAAUGAAUAUUCCAGAUGAAGUGAUAAAGAGGACUCCAGCUAUCUUUCAAAUAUCACCAGAAACAGUUAAGUAUAGGCUCGAAGAAAUUGAAAGAAUCCCAGAUCUGAGAGUACUUCUUGGAAAUCCAAAUAUAUUAGAGCUGGUAGUUCAUCAUAAUAAAGCUACAUCCAGGCUAUCAUUUUUACAACAAGUAGAAUUGAAAUGUGCAAGUCUCAUGCUGUUAUCUUCAGGUACAACUGAACAGUUUGAUAAUCACAUUAAACAAGGAACAGAUGCCUAUAGUUCUAAAGACGUGUCAAACUUUUUAAAAAGCCUUUUUCAAGAAGAUGGAGAAUCACUUCUGAGUGCCAUUAGAGUACACCCUUUUUACUUAAAAGUUCCUUUCCUUCAAAUGCAGAGAACCUACGAUUAUUUAAUUAGUAGAAAAUUUGCACCUUCUAGUAUUCGACGAGUUAUAUGCCUAAUAUUAUACCCAAAGAAUAGAGUUGAACAGGCUGUUGGUAAAUUAAAAAAUUCAACAUUUAUGCAUGUAAAAGGAUUAAAUCAAGUGCAAAGGUUAAACAUAGUUCUUUAUCUGAUUGAAAAGGAAUACAAUUUUUCUGGUCAAGGAGUAUGGGAGCGAGAUUGGGACAUUCAAGAGGGUACAAAAGCUACAGAAUCAGUACCUGAAAAAAUUUUAGAAUAA